CGUCUCGAAGUCCACAGAAUUGCCAUUUCUGUUGUUGGUAGCUCUUCGUCUAACUCUCUCUCUCUCAACCUCCAAAUACACACACGCAUACAAAGAUUCGACCUUUUCUUUUUUUUUUUCCCUUGUUUUUCUUUUAAUCUUCUCUGUUGAAUCUGGGAAACACUUCCGGAAAAAGGAUCAUCCAAAUGCAUGAGGCUGCUGUUGAUCAAUCCCUCGGUACCAAGAACGUCCUGACUUCAGCUCUUCAUUUCGCCAUCUCUGUCGAAACGCUGAAUAACCCUCCCGAGUUUGCUAAUGAGCUCAAAAACUCAGCUCAAGAACAAGUCGAAUUCAUGCUGGCUGAGGACCAAGAAGCCCGGUUACUGAUUUCUGACGAGGAAGUCCGAUCGGUCGUCAAAUCCAGAAUCUCUGACGUUCUAUCGACGUUCUUGGACAGAUUAUCGUCACUGCUUCUUCCUGAGACCGAUCUGGUUUCCGGGUUUUCAGAGGACAAUGUUCUUCAGACACUCUCAGAUAUCGAAUGGCUAUGUAAAGUACUGCCUAGGAUGGAACUGAUGAAAGAUCUUGUUUCCAAAUGGGCCGAUAUCUCGGGCAAGAUUCUGGCUGUAGCAGAGAACUGCAAGUUUGAUUCUCGGCUAUGGGGCGUGAAGAUGAAGUUGGCUGAAGUAACAGGGAAGGUUCUGGAAGCAGUCGGGUACGGAACCGUGGUUCUUCCUUCUAGAAGCAGGGUUUGUCUUUUGAAGACAUGGUUGCCUUUCAUGAGGAGACUAAAGACUAUGCUUGAAUCGGAGGGUUCUCAAUCCGGGUUCAGAAUGGACGAAGAUCUCUGCGAAUGCAUAGAAGGAUCGAUGGUAUCGUUGGUCUUGACACUUCCUUCGGACGAUCAGACGGAGGUUCUUGGCGAAUGGAUGAGAGGGAUCGAGCUGGAUCAGGUUAAAUUCCCGGAUUUGAGCGAAGCAUUCGAGGUUUGGUGUUAUAGGACUAAGUCUGCAAAGAGAAGGUUGUUGGAAAGAUGUGAUAGACUUGCAACUUUGAACCCUGCCCUUUGAUUAGUGGCCUCUGUUAAUUUGUCUUUGCAAACAUCUAAAUUUUAAGAAUUUGCGGAUUUAACUAA